AUGGGGGUAUUGAUUUGUUAUCUUUCUUUGAAUUUAAUUGUUGUUGUUUUAGAAUUUGAAGAAAGAAAGGAUUCCUUUCUUGGCCCCAAUAUUUUAGACACCCUUCAAAAACUCGGUAAUGAAUAUGAACUUCUUAAAAAGAAGUAUCUACAAGAGUUGUCUGAGAGAAAGAGGCUUUACAAUGAGGUGAUCGAGCUUAAAGGGAAUAUUAGGAAGUAUCUACAAGAGUUGUCUGAGAGGAAGAGGCUUUACAAUGAGGUGAUCGAGCUUAAAGGGAAUAUUAGGGUCUUCUGUAGAUGCAGACCACUAAAUCAAGUCGAAAUAACAAAUGGUUCGAAGUAUGUAGUUGAAUUUGACUCUUCCCAAGAUAAUGAGUUGCAGAUCACUUCCUCUGAUUCUUCCAAAAAGCAAUUUAAGUUCGACCAUGUUUUUGGGCCUGAGGAUAAUCAAGAGGCUGUUUUUGCACAAACUAAACCAAUAGUCGCUUCAGUUUUGGAUGGCUACAAUGUCUGCAUAUUCGCCUAUGGACAAACUGGAACUGGAAAGACAUUUACUAUGGAGGGCAGCCCAGAAAAUAGGGGAGUGAACUACAGAACAUUGGAUGAGUUGUUCGGAGUUUCUCAAGAGAGAAGUGGCAUUAUGAGAUAUGGUCUUUUUGGUAGUAUGAUGGAGGUUUACAAUGAGAAGAUAAGGGACCUCUUGAUUGAUAGUUCCAACCAACCACCUAAAAAGUUGGAGAUUAAACAAACUGCUGAAGGAACACAAGAAGUCCCAGGACUUGUUGAAACUCGGGUGACUGGCACGGAGGAUGUGUGGGAUUUACUCAGGUCUGGAAGUCGGGCCAGGUCUGUUGGAUCAACCAGCGCUAAUGAGCUUAGCAGCCGUUCUCAUGGAUGGAAGGAAUCGCAAUUCAUUAAUAAUUCUCUUUCAGCACUUGGUGAUGUUAUAUCUGCCCUCGCAUCUAAAACUGGCCACAUUCCUUACAGGUCUUUCUCUCACACAGUCACUCUUGAGGAGAUUGAAUGUAAGACCUUGAUGUUUGUCCAAAUAAGUCCAAGUGUUACUGACCUUGGAGAGACUCUUUGCUCACUAAAUUUUGCGAGUCGAGUGCGAGUAAUUGAAAGCGGUCCUGCCCGCAAACAGGCUGAUCUCACUGAACUUUUCAAAUACAAGCAAAUGGGGUAA